AUUUUUAAAUUUUAAUAUUUAGUGGAAUCGUUUUAGACAGAAUAAAUAAUUAUGGAAUUUUAGGUGAAAUAAACAGCGAAUCGGAAAAUGCAGUCAAAGUAAUGUUUGAUAAGAUUAUCGUACAUCCAGGCAUCGAUAUCAGCUAUAACGAUUCUAUAGGCGAUUAUAAAAUUAUAUAUAUGCCCACCGAAGAAGAAAGAACUGAUUUAUGUUUAAUGAUACUCGAUAAAGAAGUCACCGUAACCGAUUAUGUGAAACCCAUAGCCUUACCAACUGCUGAUAUGUCUUAUUCUCAUAAAGCAAUCGCUAAUGGUUGGCAAUUAGAAAAGUCUACUUCACGUUAUAUCCUUAAGAAAAUGAAUGCAGAAAUAACAAAGAAACAAUAUUGUGAGAACCAUUUAACAUUUUAUAAAUUAGAAUAUAAGGAAAUGUGUGGAAAAACAUCGCAUCCUACUUCGUGUCUCGAAGAAAGUGGAGGAAGCUUGAUAAUUAAUGAAAACAAUGAAGAUAAAUUAGUUGGCAUACUUCGAACUUCUUACGGAUGCAGAUGCGCUGAUGAUGGAUGUCCAUUAAUAUACAUAGAAGUAAAGAAGUUACUUCAAUGGAUUUUACAGUUUGCUAUUAACGACAACUAAACGCUUAAAAAUUUGGGGGAAAAAACAAAGAAAUUUGUAUUUUAAAUAAAUUUGUAUUGAACGAAAAAUUCGUUUUUUUUUUUUUUAAAUGUUUUUAAAUAUAAACUUUUGUAGAAUAGUUAUUGCAUGUUAAAAGCUGAUUCAUCAUUAAAUAAAACGAUGAAUUCAUUUAUAAACCAUCAUUUUAUUUUAUUUUAUUUUAUAUUUUUAUAAUAGAAAAUGCUCAUUAAAUUAUCAU